UACUAGUCAUACCCGGAAGUGACAACGUUCACCUUUGGGGAAAGAGAGUGGCAAAAUUUACCAGCCGUUUUAAGAACGAAUGGAACACGCGUCAAACGUUCAGUGGAACUGAACUCGAAAUGUCAUAACGUUCUUCCAAUGGAGCAUCGUUCAACAGCAAUAUUCUGACAGAAAAAAAACGCCAUAAAGCCUUUGAAAGUUGACCAUGGAAACUGAACAGCAAGGGUUCCCCGAAGUUGUGUGCCUGAAUGUCGGCGGUCGUCAUUUCACCACGUCCCUGUCCACUCUGCGCAAGCGCGAGGACUCCAUGCUGGCCGCCAUGUUUAGUGGACGUCAUCACGUGGCCACGGACAAGGACGGUCGUUAUUUCAUCGACAGGGACGGAACAAACUUCGGUCACAUCCUCAACUUCCUCCGCUCAGACGACCUCCCUCCUACCGAUGUAGCAGCUUCGAUCGUCCCGGAGGCUGAAUUCUACGGCAUUCACAACUUGGUGGAAGAAAUCUUCAACAAAAUGCCAAACUUGUUCGCCCAACAUGUCCUCAAACGAGAAAGGACGAAAUAUGCGUAUGAGUACCCCAAGGUUUUAGACAUGAUGAGAGAAAUAGCGUCAAAAGCGCGACAGAGGAUCGAAGAAUCGUGCUCCAAACGAGCAUUCGCGACUUUCCGGAAGAAGUCGACCUUGACUGAGGUAGUCGUUUUGAUUUCAGACCCGAAAAGUGCCGAAAUACCGCCCGAAGUCUUGGAUAGAAAGAGUCAUGACUGCAUGGCGGAAAAGGCGUGCGAUUUGACGAUUUGUAUCGAUGACGUUGGAACCGCCGACACGUUCCGACACUUCGUUCUCACCGAGUUCACCCGAGUUGAGCACGUCGGACUUCAUCGGCAAUGUUCGUACAAGGUGUGCUUCGGAUCCGAGUGUUUCGACAUCGUCUCUCCCAGAAGUCUGUUCGGCCCACGGUGGCUGACUCCGCAGGAACAUGGGGAGCAGUGCGCAUGCGCGACGAGGGAGAUCCGCUGUUGGGCAACUUUGUUGACGUUCAGGUUUAAUUGGGACAAAUGAUAACAAUACAUUCCACUCUAGAAUUAAACAAUGAUUAUGCAUGGUGAUGUUCAUCACUGACUAACAUACAAAUGUCACAAGUAUAAAAUUCCCAUCAUUAAUCAUUAAACGGUUUUGCAAUUUUCACAUAUAUUAUGCAAAUCAGUUCCUAAUUAGCAUAUUUGGUAUCUGCUUAUGUUCCAUCUAUCAUAAUUUUACAUGUGUUACAUUUAUUGGUCCAGUUAAUAAAAACAAUGGAACCAUGCAAUUUUAACAUU